AUCCUAAAUUUAGUAUGUACUGUUGAUAAAAAUAAUUUAAAAGAAAUAAAAUUUUUAUUUUAAAUUUUUAUUUUGUCAAUCAUCCAUCGAGGCUCCGUGAAGCCUCUAUUAAUGAUCCACGAAACGUCCGUAAGUCAUCCAUCAAGGCUCCGUGAAGCCUCUGUUAAUGAUCCACACAACGUCUAAUAGACCUCUUUGACGACCUCUAUUGAAGGUCUAAUAGACGUCCACAGUGCGGAACUGUGGAUUUCUAAUGGCUCUAUAUUGGACGUCUAAUGGACGUCCACUGGAAGUUUAAACUUCCAUGGCAGACGUCCAUUAGACGUCUACUGGAGGUUUCAUUUCUAUGUGGGAUGCUCAUGCACGCUCAUUGUCUUAUGCGUCCGGUGCCUUCUUGAUCUAUUUCACUGUUAUUUGAGUAUUACAAAGUGCUGUUGAGAACUUUUAGUAUACAUAUCACAUUAUUGAUAAUCUUCAGUUUAUCAGUAAAAAUUUUAUAGAUAUGAGUGAUAUUAUGAAAUGGUCACCAGGAGAAGUAGCAGAGAAAAUAUUGGAUCUUACACAAAACGAAUUAACUGCUAAUAUUUUUCUAGGAUUAAAUGGUUUAGUGCGACAUUUACGAAUUUCUCACGGACUUACUAUUCAUCGAGGAAUAGGAAACACUGGUUUUAAAUGUGGUCAAGAUGGAUGUUGGCGAAAUUUUAAAUAUUUUUAUACAUUAAGGAGGCAUAUACGUCAAUGUCAUAAAUACAGAUGUAAUGAUGACUUAGAGUCUGAAUUUAUUGUUAAUAAUAAUCAGGAUUGGUUACCCAAUCCUGAUAAUAAUGAAGAUGAAUUUUUUGGAGAUAAUGCUGCAAUGGAAGAAGUAACCCACAUGGAAAAUUAUGAAGAUGUUUAUGAAAAUCUAAAUUUUGAUUUGUAUACUUUAAUUAUCAGAGUAAUUGCAAGACUUCAAUCCAAGGGAUCUAUAACUGGCAGUAUUUUGAGCGAUGUUUUGGACGAAUUCGAAGAAGUGAUUUUGAAUUUAGCUAAAUUCUUCAAGAAUAAAGUUCUUAAAUAUUUUCAAGCAAGAAAUGCUACUGAAGAUCUUGAAGUUGUUGAAUUACUUUCCAACUUUGAUUUUGAAAAUCCUUUUGACGAUCUUCAUACUUUGAAAGGCCAGAUAAAGGCAUUAAAAAUUAAUUGUGGUUAUAUUGAACCUAUAGAGAUUCCUCUUGGUUACCGCAUGGAAAAUUUAUUACAUAGCGAAACUGGAACAUAUACACCUAAAAUUGUACUUGAAACUUAUCAAUAUGUGCCAAUAAUAGAUACUUUAAAAUUGGUACUAUCAAACACAGAAAUUAAAGAAGCUAUUCUUUCUGAACAGUCAUCAACGGACGAUGUUCUGGCUUCAUUUGUAGAUGGAGACCAUUUUAAAAAUCAUCCUCUUUUCCAGAUGCAUAGACAUGCUUUGCGAAUACAGCUUUACUAUGACGAAUUGGAAAUUGUGAAUCCUCUUGGAUCUAAAACAGGAAUCCAUAAAUUGGGUGUUUUUUAUUACACAAUUCAAAAUAUUCCAGCUUAUAUAAAUUCCGAUUUAGGAAGUAUACAUGUUUUACUGUUAUGUUCUGAUGCAGAUACCAAAAAAUAUGGAUUUGACAAAAUUUUAUCUGUCUUUUUGAAUGACUUAGAAAAAUUAGAAAGUGAUGACGGAGUUAAAAUUAUGCUUGAUAAUGAGGAAUUUAAUUUACAUGCAACAAUAACUGCUUUUUGUGGAGACACUUUAGCUGUGCAUGAAGUGUUUAAUAUGCUUGGACCUAAGUCUAACAAAUUUUGCCGAAUGUGUUUAUAUUCUAGAGAAGAUUUGUUAGCUGGAAGUACAAAAUUAGGCAAUGAAAGAACCGAAGAAGUAUUCAAUGAGCAUCUGCAGUAUUUACAUAGGCACAAUUUUUCUGCAUUAUCUAUGACAGCAACUGGUAUAAGGGGCGAUUGUUGCCUUAAUAAGUCACGAUAUUUUCAUAUCUCUAGAAAUAAAAUUUUUGAUGUGAUGCAUGAUAUUCUUUGUGGAGUGGGCCCUAUGAUAUUAAAAUGUGUACUUUAUCACUACAUUUGCAUUACAAAACAAUUUACUGUUGAUUACUUCAAUAAUAAAAUUACAUCAUUCCAAUAUGGCUUUGUAGAAAAUAAAAACAAACCAUCUGCAAAUUUUUCUAUAAAAAUGCUUCAAAAAAAUGAUCAUUUAUUAAGUCAAAAGGCAAUGCAGAUGUGGGUACUGCUGAGAGCUUUUCCAUUUAUGGUUGCAGAAAAAAUUGAAAGAGAAGAUGAACACAUGGAUCUAAUAUUAAUAUUACUAAGAAUCAUGGAAAUCGUACUAGCUCCAAAAGUAACAAAAUCUUUGAUGCCAUAUCUGCAAGCUCUGACAAAAGACUUGAUGGACACGUUUCGAAAACUCUACCCUAACAUCAAUCUCAUUAACAAGUUCCAUCAUCUUAUUCAUUACGCAGAUUGUAUACUUUGGGCAGGCCCUCUGCGGUGUUAUUUUUGCAUGCGUUUUGAGGCAAAACACGCUGAAAUAAAAUUACGAGCUCAAAAUGUUAACAAUUUUAAAAAUCCUCCAAAAACUCUAAUUAGAGUAUGUCAAUGUGUUCAGAGUGCAAAAUGGGGGGCAGGUGAUGUCAAACUGGAAAGAACGCAUUCAGCAAGUGGUAAAAUGCUUUAUGUACAGGAAACGCAGAGUAGAGAAUUUCUUUUAAAAUUAGGCUAUGUAGAUGUGGACAACAUAUUUCGAUCCAAGAAUGUAAAAAUUAAUGGAGUAGAAUUUAGACCUGGUCUGUUUGUUUGUCUUGAAGCAGCAGUUAAACAAAAAGAAAAUCUUCCUACAUUUGGAAAAAUCAAAGAAAUAAUUCUCUUAAGAGAAAAUGAAGUGUAUCUUUUAAUUUUUCGCUGCAAAACUAUAAUUUUUGAUCCUUAUUUUAAUGCAUUUUGCAUUGAACUUGAAAAUGCAGAUUAUGCUUCUCAUUUUAUCUCGGUUUCUUCACUUGCUCAUUUUCAACCAUUUUGUUCAUGGACAGAAUCUAUUUCUAAUGGUCUUUAUAUCAGUCUUCGCCAUAUUAUUUUGUAAAAAACAAUCUAUCAAUGGAGAAGCUCUCUUAGAGCUUUCAGAAUCAGAUUUAAAAGAACUACAAAUUAAACUAGGACCUAGAAAAAUAAUAA